GCCUCUAAAGUGAAUUUCUAUUGUGUUUUCGUGUUUUUUAAUUGCAUUUGUUUUAUUUUAUUUUUUAUAUCUACGCCCGUUAUAAUGUACAGUCAAAGUGGCCACUGUACUCUCAAGGACAGCUGCAUGAAACCAAAUACUGGUGCUGCCUUCCAAGAUAUCCUUUCAACUUAUCAUUUUAUGGUGGCGUCGACUUGCCUUAUAACUGACCAAUGGCAGCCUAGUGCAGAUAUCAAAGGUUUUGAUACAUACGAUUUCAUAGUAGUUGGAGCAGGUUCUGCUGGCUGUGUAUUGGCCAAUCGGUUAACUGAAAUCACACAAUGGAGAGUAUUACUGAUAGAAGCUGGUGGUGAUCCGCCUAUUGAAUCUUAUAUACCACAAUUCGAUCAAACUUUACGAAAGACUCAAUACGAUUGGAACUACAAGACGGCGCCGACCGGAAGAAUCAACCAAGCAAAUGUCGGGGAAAUAGUGCACUGGCCCAGGGGAAAGAUGCUUGGAGGUAGCAGCGGUAUUAAUGGCAUGAUAUACUUUGAAGGCCUACCUGAUGAUUACGAAAAGUGGCAUAAUCUUGGUAAUCCUGAGUGGCGUCCAGACAUUCUUCGUAAGUUUUUCAAAAAGUCCCAAAGUCUUCAAGAUGAGAAGUUGUUGCAAAAUCCUUUGAUAAGAAAUACAUAUGGUUUACAUGGACCUCAAAUCAUCAAUACUUUUAAUAGCACGUACAGAAAUCUAACUCUAAAUGUUCUCAGUUCUUAUAAUGAAAUGGGAUUUAAAAUACGAGAAGAUUUGCAAACAGCACAGCUUCUAGGAUCAGGGAUAUUUAGAGCCACUGCAUAUAAUGGAAGAAGGGCUAGUACAGCCAGCACAUAUUUAAGUUAUAUUCAAAAUAGAACGAACUUUAAGUUAAUUAAAAACACUCUGGUGUUAAAAGUUCUUAUUGACAACAAUCAAAGGGCUUAUGGAGUUUUACUUAAACAAAAAGGUAAAAUUAUGAAAAUAUUUGCCAGACUUGAAGUAAUUUUAAGUGCUGGAACUAUCAAUUCACCACAACUGUUAAUGUUGUCCGGUAUUGGAGAGAAGAACCAUUUGGAAGCUAAAAGAAUACAAUGUAAAGUAGAUUUACCAGCAGUUGGUAAAAAUUUACAAGAUCAUAUGAUACUGACCGUACCUGUUUUUUCUAAUUAUCCUGGCUACGAAAAUACAGAUGAAAAAUAUUUAGAUGUUGCACUGUAUGCUUACAAUCGGACUGGUUCUUGGGCUCAGGCUAGAAUUGCAGAUAUACUUGCGUUUUUUGCUAAAGACAAAAAUGCUUUGAUACCAGAUUACCAAAGCCAUUUGAUAAUAUUUCCGAGAAAUUCAACACAAGCUAAAAAUUACUUUUCUAUAUAUAAAGAGCCGAUUGCACAAACAUUUGCUAAUUUAAUUGAAGAACAUAGCGUUUACAUUUUCCAAUUUAAUUUGUUACAUCCAUAUUCACGUGGAAAUAUUUCUCUAAAUACUAAUAGACCUGUUGACUAUCCUUUAAUAUACCCAAAUUAUUUCGACGAUACAAGAGAUCUUGACGCUGCAGUAGAAGGAGUUCAAAUAUUAUCAGAAAUAGUUAAUACGAAUUUCUUUAGAAGUAUAAACGCGUUUCUUGGCAGAUACAACUGGCCAGAAUGCAAUGCAUACAAAACGAAUAGUGCGGAUUACUGGCGAUGUAUAGCUCCACAGAUUGUGACUACAGUUUAUCACCCUGUGGGAACAUGUGCGAUGGGUCCUAAUCCAAGUGCAUCAGUUGUAGACAGCCGUCUGCGUGUACACCAUGUCAAAGGAUUGCGUGUUAUUGACGCCAGUAUAAUGCCCAAUAUCACAAGUUGUAAUACUAACGGACCAACGAUUAUGAUUGCUGAACGUGGUUCUGAUUUAAUUAAAGAAGAUUAUGGCAUUGUAGAGCUGAAUUAAAAAACGACUGACAUAAUUUAAGGUCCAUUUCUGUAGAUCAAAUCUCAAGAAUCUCUUUCCUGUGCUCUUCUUUAUUUCUUGAAACAAAACAACAUCGACUUUCUCUUUUUCUUCUUGCAUUUACGCUAUUCUUGC